AUAUAUAUUAAAUUUAUCAGCUACACAUGAUUUUCAUGACAUAUCAUACAUCUGACAUUCAUGAUAUAGAUCGUCUCUUGUUUAAAUGAUUGACGAUCACGUGGCAUCAUCAAUAAGAUAUUUUUGCAAUUUAGUCCUAUUUUCCUGUAAUCUUCCAUAUUCUUUGAUCAAAUUUUUAUCCACCUUAAUGGAGUUUAGAUCAAAGUAUAUAAUAUCCAGAUUUUUCCAUGUGCAACCUAUUACAGUCUUCCCUUAAAACCGAAAUUUGUCGAUGAAAUGCAAGAUGUUCAUUUAUUCUUUCAUUUCGGAGUUGCUAAAUGUACUCAUCUCUUUCUUGGACUUCAUUCAAUAAAAUCUCAUUUUCUGCGACCAAUUGAUACUGUUCAUAAUUAGUAAGAGGGGGAGGAUGUUGUUGUUCUGCUCAUAGCAACAUAAGUUUG